CAGAAGCAUCUACACUAUAUUCCUAACUAAACUUUCACAUAAAUACACUGAUACACGCGGAGUGUAAUUUUUUGGAAUGCAGCAGUGUUCUGCAAAAAUGUGGAGCUGCUUAACAGAUUUCUUUACCUAUGAGACGACCAAGUCCGUGGUGGUAAAGAGCUGGACUAUUGGGAUCAUAAACCGUGUCGUCCAACUCCUCAUCAUCACAUACUUCUUUGGCUGGGUGUUUUUGCAUGAGAAAGCCUAUCAAGUGAGAGACACAGCUAUCGAAUCAUCAGUCAUGACUAAAGUGAAAGGGUUUGGAGAGUAUAACAACCGGAUCAUGGAUGUAGCCGAUUAUGUCACACCUACUCAAGGGGCGUCAGUGUUCUGCGUUAUCACUAAGCUCAUCACGACAGAAAAUCAAGUUCAAGGCUACUGUCCAGAGAGCGAGUUCAAAUUGAAAUGUUAUAGUGACGAUGAUUGUAAGAAGCAUAUGUCAAAACCAACUAGCAAUGGGUUGCUGACAGGACGCUGUGUGCACUUCAAUACUAGCCACAAAACCUGUGAGAUUAAAGGAUGGUGUCCUGCAGAGAUUGAUGAAAUUCAGCCAAACCCCAUGAUGGAGGUGGAGAACUUUACCAUCUUCAUCAAGAACAGCAUUCGCUUCCCACGUUUUAACUUCGAAAAGGCAAACUUUUUGCCCAACAUCAAUAAUUCCUACAUAAAGCGGUGUAAUUUUGACUUUGAGAGUAACAUGUAUUGUCCGAUAUUCAAAGUGGGGGAUGUGAUCCGAUUUGCACAACAGGACUUUACUACUCUAGCUAAAAAAGGGGGAGUGAUAGGGAUAAAAAUAGCGUGGCUGUGUGAUUUAGACAAGGCAGAUGAUGAGUGCAAGCCGGCCUACUCCUUCACUCGCCUGGACGCCAUGUCAAUAAAGACCAAUGUGUCUCCAGGAUACAACUUCAGGUAUGCAAAGUAUUUUCAAAUGGAGAACGGGACCGAGUAUCGCACUCUGCUGAAAGCCUAUGCUAUCAGAUUUGAUGUGCUGGUUAAUGGAAAUGCAGGAAAAUUUGACAUGAUCCCAACCUUAAUCAACAUGGUUGCUGCCUUCACUUCUGUUGGCGUGGGUACAGUGCUUUGUGACAUCAUUCUGCUCAACUUUUUGAAAGGAGCUGACCAAUACAAGGCCAAGAAAUUUGAAGAGGUAUCAGAUUCACAUAUUCAGAGCAGUAAUUCACUGUACAGGAGCAGAGACCACAGCGAGCAUUCAAUCAAAACUGAUGAGAAGUUCUCCACCGACUCCGGCGCAUUUUCCAUUGAACGUUAUAGUUAAUAGUGCAUUCGAUCACAGGAAUUAAAAAAAAAAAAUCAUAGUUCUUCAUUAAUUGCAUUUCAUACAAGUAAUAAUUGAUAUAAUUUUUUCCACUUAACUUAGACUAUUCCACAUAAAACAGUCUAGACCAAUAUGCUAGCAUUAUAAAUAAAUACAUUUA